AUGUCUUGGGGAGUGAUGGCAGGGCAGUUGGGUUGGGGUGGUCUCAUUGAUGAGGGUUGGAGGAAAGGACCCUGGACUUCUGAAGAAGACAGGUUGCUUAUUGAAUAUGUAAGGCUGCAUGGUGAAGGAAGAUGGAACUCUGUAGCUAGGCUUGCAGGAUUAAAAAGGAAUGGAAAGAGCUGCAGAUUGAGGUGGGUGAAUUACUUGAGGCCAGACCUGAAGAGGGGGCAGAUAACCCCACAUGAAGAGAGCAUCAUUGUGGAGUUGCAUGCUAGGUGGGGGAACAGGUGGUCCACAAUUGCAAGAAGCUUGCCAGGAAGAACUGAUAAUGAGAUCAAGAACUACUGGAGGACCCAUUUCAAGAAGAAGGCCAAGGUCUCUCCAGAAAACCCAGACAAGGCAAAAACUCGUCUCCUGAAGAGGCAACAAUUUCAACAGCAGCAGCUGCAGCAACAACAGCAGCAGAUUCAACAUCAACAACUGCUGCAGCUAAAUCAAUUGGACAUGAAAAAGAUCAUGUCCUUACUAGAUGAAAGCGACAAUAAAGCACCAUAUACUCCUCCGAUGAGGCAGGAAAUGGCCUCUCACGCCAUAUACCCCAGCACAACCGAGGAGCAUGGCUUGCUCUAUAAUAUGUUCAAUGUCAAUGCAUCAGUGUCUGAGGCCUCGAACGAGGACAUUCUCUGGGAUGGCUUGUGGAACUUGGACGAUGUCCAUGGCAAUUUUGGUGUGGCAUGUGCAACAAGCAAAGCUAGUAUGCACAAUUUAGUGGCACCUUUUUGUUAA